AUGCCCGGUAACGAUACAAAAAUCGGCGUCGCUGACACUAACGCGGCGGCUCGCGCCCGCCGGCGUGUCUGCAACCUGACGCCUUCUCAGGUCGAGAAAAAGCGUGCAAUUGACCGCACCAACCAGCAACAUUGGCGCCAGAAAAAGCGACUCUACAUUGCCGAACUUGAAGCUGAGGUUGCACGGCUCAAAGACAGCCUCGAUGUAAGCCAUGCCAGGCUUCGCGUACUCGAGGGCAACAAUGACAACGGCAGAGGAGCAGACCAAGACGCGGGCUCAACAUCGCCGGCGCAGGACCUCUGCGGCGCUGUCUCGGUUCGGGACAUGUCUGCGGUCCCGGCGGUGUCGUUUCUGCCGAUGUUACUUCCGGCGACGAGCCAAGCUAGAAACAAUACGAUACCGUAUAGAGCCACACCCCUGAGAUCGGUUUCGAGCGGGUCGUCCACAGCAUCUGAAGGUCAUUCACUUCCUCACUCGGUUGGCAACGUGCAGCUCGACUUUUUUGACACCACAGCAUUCCAGCUUUUCGACAACCUUGAAAUCGACGGGCAUAUUCCCGUGGAUGUUGACGAUGUUUUCGGUGCGCAGCCGCUCUACGCCGACUUUCCCACCGCAAUCGACCAUACUUACCAUCAGCACGAACCGUUGCAGCACCAGAGCGAACGUCGGCACGAGCAACGGAACCAAGCUCCUUUUUACCGCCAAAAUAUCCAGCGAUAUCAAGCCUUGUACGGGGCAACCCCACCCUCGCCGUUCUUGACCAACUUGUCCUACAUGCCCUACUAUCUUGCCAGCCGGUACUCUGCAUCUAGGUCCGGAAUGCCAGAUUGGAUGGUGCUGCCACUUAAUAUGCCUGUAGCGACAGAGCUGGAUAAACUGGUACUCAUCACAAGCCAGGCACUUGUCCAGCGUUACAGCACAAACGAGUUUUGUCAGCCGGUAUUUCCCAGCAUCGAGGGUCUCAUGUCGCCUCUGAGUACAGACAACAGGCCGCGGUCAGCCCGUAACGGCUCAGCCUCCAGUGGUACACUGAGUAAUAGCGUGAUGGGAGAGGAACUGCUCCAGGCAUUAGCAGCGGCUUCGGCAGGGGGCGCGUCCUCUAUUUUAUCUGCCUCAUCUUUGACAGCAGCUGCCAGAGCAUCCGCGGUAGCUGCUGCGGCUACUAACCCGCCCUCGCUAGCUGACUCGUCCUCUGAUGGAGACGGCGAAGCCGCCUCUGUAAUUGCGUCACGACCCGUUCUUGCCGCAGUGGCCACCCAUGUGGUUUGGAAGUCCCCGUUGAAGAACUUGACGGGCCGCCUGUCUUUCCUAUAUAAAUUGGCUAUAUAUCUGCGAUGGUGUCUUUGCCCUACCAAGGAAAACUACGAAGCUAUUCCCGACUAUUUGAAACCAACACAGUUGCAACGCCGUGUUCCACACCCGGCAUGGGUCGACAUAAUCAUCUGGCCGGAUGUUCGUGACAGCCUCAUCCGCGGCGGCGACUAUAGUGCGUUUGAACUCCUACGCUUCGUGAUCGGGAACACGCUGUCACUCAACUGGCCCUUCACUGAGGCACACACUUUCAUAGAAUGUGCGGAUGGAAAGCGGCUGGCGCUGAAUCCAAUCUUUGAGGCGCACAUCCGCAACUUGGAAAAUUACUCGGUUGGCUACCAGGCAGCCAGGGCGUUCCCGAUACUAUCUCGGUACGUUCGAGUAACAUAG